AUGAGCUUCACCGACUUCAACGAGGAAGAUUGCGGAAACCCAACCGGUCCCCCGGCAGAGGAGGAAGAGAGGGAGGACGCACCUUUGCUGCAGCAACCAGCGCGAGAUGAGGCAGCGCAGGGAGGCCAAGCCCCACGAGUUCAAAGGUCACGGCAAGCACAGGCAGAGGCACCUCGCUACAGUGACGUGACACAGCGACCUGCAUUCAGGCACGUCACGUGGAAUGCUUCUGUGGUCGGUGGCAGCCUGGAUGAGAUUCCAGAAGAUCCCAGAGCUAGUGCUCGUCAGAGUCCUAGGGACUCGGCAUGCGACAAGGAACAUCAUCAGCAAGAUGGAUGCGCACAGAAUGUCGACUGCAGCGGACACGCCACCCUACGGAAUGAUCGCAAAUAUUUACGACAAACAACCAUCUUUCCUCCGUGUGACUUUUUGAUUAAGGAACCCAAACCUAGCUUGUAUGUCGGACGAUCAUUUGGUCAUGAGACGGUGACAAGGACAAACUCAUCUGGUAGUUCAAAACAGACCAUGGACUUCACCGACAAUCCUAACGAGAGAGAUUCCUCAAACCCAACAAGUACCCCGCCAGAGGAGGCAGAGGAUGAAGGCCCUGCAGACAGCCUGUCUUUCACGCUGGUGGUGAUUGCAUGUGCCUUCAUUGGAUUCUUGAUACUGAUCAUCAGUUUAUCGGUUACGUGGAACACAAGACAAAAUUCUGAUAUUCGCCUCUGUGGCCUAGAGGAAGGUUUACCUCGCAGCUGCUUGUCCUCCCAGAGUGAGGACCAACCACUUCAGGUACAGCCAGCGCAAGACUCGCAAGUUCAAGGGUUACCGGAAGCACAGGGCUUGUUGCAGGCAGAGACGUCACGCGACAGUAACGUGACAAGGCGACGCCGAACCCAGCACGUCACGUGGAAUGCUUCUGUGCUCGGGGGCGACGACUAUUGCGACGCGGCCGCUGGCGCUUCCGAUGAUGCGGUUGAGUACAUCAGCAUGGAUCAGCUUGCAGAACAUCCGAGAGCUAGUGCCACUCAGGCGCCCCCUAGCGCCUCGCCAUGCGACGAAGAACUUUACCAGCAAGAUGAAUGCGCCCACAGUGGUCGAGCAGACUCCGGCAGCAGACACGCCACCCUGCGGGAUGCUGAUGCAUGUAGUGGUGCCGCCAAUGAGCCAGAUGUAUGCAGACGACCUAUCGUUGUCGACGAAGGGGACUAUGUGACUUUGAUUGGUCUUCCUGCCCAACCAGAGGCCGAGAACAGUGCGAAUGCUCAGGGUCCGCUCGAGGCUGCCAGUGACCUGAGGGAUGCCCAGGCACAAGGCGGGGAAUUUCUCGCUGAGCAGUCGUCGAUGUCAGUUCGGAUCACUAGGGAAGAACUUCGUCGACUUCAGCGACAACAGCAGAACAUCGAAGACGACAUUGAAGAAGAUGGCGAACAGGAAGGCCACGGCGACAAAGAAGUCGCCCAUCUGACUUCUUCCGAGGAAGAAUCGCUGGACGAGGAGUCGCUGGGAGAAGUCAGUGACCUGAGGGAUGCCAGGCACAAGGCGGGGAAUUGCUCGCUGAGCAGUCGUCGAUGUCAGUUCGGAUAACUAGGGAAGAACUUCGUCGACUUCAGCAACUUCAGCGACUGCAGCGACAACAGCAAAACAUCGAAGACGACAAUGAUGAAGAUGAUGAACAGGAAGGUCACGGCGACAAAGAAGCUACCGACCGGACUUCUUCCGAGGAAGAAUGGCUCGACGAUGACCAGUUAACACAAGAACACCAGCAACUUCUUCGACGUCGUCAGAACUCGGACGAAGACGACAAAGAUUGUAAAAAACACUAACAUGGUCUGCAUCACAAAUGUUUUAAAACCAUCUUCAAUGCGACAUUUCGGAACUACUAUCGUCAAACUCGUCUGUCGAACGCUCGCCACUGACAUCAGACGGGGACAUCAACACCACCACCACUUGAUGCAGUCAUGUCGGACCAAGUCAUCUGGUAUUUUAAACAGGUGCUGGAGAGAAAACUUCUACUUGCAAUUCGGGAGGAGACUGACUAAAUCCAAUUUCUUCCCAACAAAGUCUGUCCAUGUCGAGAUACUCUGUCUUACUACAUGCAUUCUCUACCGCCGGGUACAGGUCAUGUCUUUCACUAAAGCUUCUAUGUGUCUGUUGAUUUAAAUUUUACGGGUAUGAUACUUGGACUAGUUUCCGUCCCUGACAACUUUUUGUGAUCUCAACUGUCUCAUUUAAAACGGUGUCGCCUGCUUAUCCCGAUCAUUCCAUAACCGAGUUGUCAUUGUUAGUUAUGUAACCUGACUGUAGAAAUUGUCCGACACCUUGUAACCUGAUUUUAUUGCAAAUGUUUAUGGAAAACUCGGAACACGAUUGUAAUAUGCAAUAGAUUAUACAAAUCCGAUUUUAACUUGGUUUUACUGAAGUAGCCAAUGUUGCAAUUUAGUCUGAACAGAAACCUGUUAGCAUGUGGUAUGUAAACCCUCAAAUCACAUUUUUUAGCAUCAACCCCUUUUUAUACAGACUCCCAAUUUUAUCAUUAAAACCUGAUAGCAUAGAAUCGUCUAGAAACUGUAACCAGAUUUGUAUCCUGAAUUUUUAGUCAUGUUCACUAUUUUUAGCUUGCUAAUCAUGUCAACUGGACAUUUUCUUAAAUAAUAAAUGCUGACUAUAUUUUUAUUCACCAUAGUUAUUUACAAAAACCUGUGAACAUAGCUUGUGCCACUCGAGUCAAAACACCUUGGACACCUAGCAAAGUCAUCAUGCUGUUGUAAUGUCCAAAAGUGUUGUAUGCUGAACAUACUUUGCUGUUUCCUUGAAAAAUACAUGAACGGAACUGUCAAUUACAAUUCUAAGGAUUUUUUCAGAAAAUUUUCCAUUGUUACACAUUCUUUCCAUCUUCCGCUUCCAGAUGAAGAAAUGAAACGGCAGAUUUUCCUCCACUUGAAUUGAGAAGCAUUAUAGUCAUUCUUUACCACCUACUAGAGCCGCUCGAAGCUGUUUGGCUUGGUUUCCAGUGUCUUUCACUUUUUCACAAUUUGAGGAGCUUGCGACUGUGAAUGUAGUUUUCCUAAUGUGUUAGUAUCUUGUUUUUUAUCUUGAUGCAUUCCAUUUGCUUUUUAUCUGUCGCUAUGCCUUCAUGAUGUAAGUUUUAUGAAUUUUAUGUUUUUUUGAAUGAAAUAAAUCAGUUUUC